CUCACGCAGGUAUUCUUCCUCCCUCUCACAUUCCGGAGGCGUCGUCCCGUCUCCCUCUUCCUCUUCCUCUUCCUCUUCUUCUUCGUCUUGCUCUCUAUUCGGUGUUACCUUUCUCUAUUUUACUUUCCCAUCGCUCUCUCUGUUAGGGCUUGCGAACUGAAUCUCCCGUCUUCUUCGCUGCUGAAAUCAACCAUCAAAAUCCUCUAUAAAUAGGGGAAGAUUCUCUCUCGGUUUAGAGUUCUCCUACUUCUCAGAAAAUAUUUUUCUCCCGUAUUUGAUUGAAGCUCUUCAAAUCCCCUAAGUGUAAACCCGCAGGCUAAACAAAACGAAAUAGUCAGUUCAGAAAACAAGGAAGAGCGGAGAGAGAAAGCAUAGCAGUGAAUAGCUGUAGACAGAAAUAAUGGCGGCCAAACUUAUGGAUUUUACAGUGAAGAACCCCUUCAGUUGUGCUUCUCGGACGUCUCAAAAACUUGGAAAAGUGAAGGUUUUCACCAUCAGAUGCUCUGUUUCUGUCUCUCCGGGCACCACGACCGUCUCUGGCUCAGGGCAAAGACCAUGGAAGAUGGCUGAUGCUAGACUUGUACUUCAAGAUGGUUCUAUAUGGAAGGCCAAGUCAUUUGGGGCUACAGGAACCCAAGUUGGUGAAGUGGUGUUCAACACAUCUUUGACAGGGUACCAGGAAAUUCUUACUGACCCUAGUUAUGCUGGCCAAUUUGUGUUGAUGACAAACCCACAUAUUGGCAAUACUGGUGUUAAUUUGGAUGAUGAAGAAUCAAGGCAAUGCUUCCUUGCUGGUUUGGUGAUCAGAAACUUAAGUAUCAGUACCUCAAAUUGGAGAUGCGGACGAACUCUUGGUGAUUAUUUACAAGAAAGGAACAUUAUGGGUAUAUAUGAUGUGGACACUCGUGCAAUCACACGCAGAUUGAGAGAAAAUGGAAGCCUCAUAGGUGUACUGAGCACAGAAGAUUCCAAAACUGAUGAGGAUCUAUUGGAAAUGUCCCGUACUUGGAAUAUAGUUGGUGUUGAUUUGAUUAGUGGUGUCUCCUGCAAUGCCCCAUAUGAAUGGCUUGAGAAAACAGAUCCAGAAUGGGAAUUCAUAACCAAUGGAAGAGCUGGGGAGAAUCUUCAUGUUGUCGCAUAUGAUUUUGGAAUCAAGCAUAAUAUACUGAGGCGUUUGGCAUCUCAAGGAUGCAAAAUCACAGUUGUCCCUUCAACUUGGCCAGCUUCAGAAACUCUUAAACUGCGUCCAGAUGGAGUCCUCUUCAGCAAUGGACCAGGAGACCCAUCUGCAGUUCCUUAUGCUGUUGAAACGGUGAAGGAAAUUGUGGGAAAGGUCCCUGUAUUUGGAAUUUGCAUGGGCCAUCAGUUACUUGGUCUGGCAUUGGAUGGUAAAACUUUUAAAAUGAAGUUUGGUCACCAUGGAGGAAACCACCCGGUACGCAACCUCCGGAAUGGUUGUGUUGAGAUUAGUGCUCAGAAUCAUAACUAUGCCGUUGAUCCUGCAUCUCUUCCUGAGGGUGUGGAAGUGACUCAUAUCAAUCUGAAUGAUGGAAGUUGUGCUGGUCUUGCUUUCCCUGCAUUGAGAGUCAUGAGCCUUCAGUACCACCCAGAAGCAUCUCCAGGGCCUCAUGAUUCAGAUCCUGCUUUUUCAGAAUUCAUAGAACUGAUGAGAAAAGAAAAAUAAAAUGUCAUGACAUCUGCACGAGUCUUAUGCACUGCAGGCAAAGGUAACAUUGAUGGUUUUUGUUCCAUGGUUAGGAUGUCUCUCAUUUCUUUUUUUUUGCAUAUCGUUCUUUGUUAUUUGUCUUCUUCCCUUUUGGGCUUGUGUCAUCAACUUAUGUUUAUUAGAAAACUUUUGAGCGUCUCUUGGGACUAAGGAAAUAAUAAAAGCAAUUCAAAUAUUUACUUA